GCGGCCGGCAUUACGUCACCGGAUAAGGAGAGAUGUGGGCGUGGCUUCCGGGGCAGGGGGCGUGGCUUGAGGGCAAUGGCGGCGCUGCGCGUGCUCGUGGGGGUGAAGCGCGUCAUUGACUUCGCCGUCAAGGUGCGGGUGGCGCCCGGCGGGGGCGGGGUGCAGACGCAGGGGGUGAAGCACUCGCUGAACCCCUUCUGCGAGAUCGCCCUGGAGGAGGCCGUCAGGCUGCGCGAGGCGGGCGCGGCCAGCGAGGUCAUCGCCGCCAGCCUGGGCACCAAGGCCAGCCAGGAGACCCUGCGCACGGCCCUGGCCAUGGGCGCCGACCGGGCGGUGCUGGUCGAGCUGGGGGAGGGGGCGGCCGCGGGGCCCCGCGAGGUGGCCACGGCCCUGGCGGGGCUGGUGCAGCGGCUGCAGCCGCAGCUGGUGCUGCUGGGCAAGCAGGCCAUCGAUGACGAUUGCAACCAGACCGGGCAGCUCCUGGCCGCCAUCUUGGACUGGCCGCAGGGCACGUUUGCCUCGCGGGUGCAGCUGGAGGCCGGGGCCGUGCGCGUGGAGCGCGAGGUGGACGGGGGCCUGGAGACGCUGCGCCUGCGGCUGCCCGCCGUGCUCACGGCCGACCUGCGGCUCAACGAGCCCCGCUACGCCACCCUGCCCAACAUCAUGAAAGCCAAGAAGAAGCCGCUGGAGGUGCUGCCGGCGGCCGAGCUCGGCGUCCCCGCGGGGCCGCCCCGGCUGAAGGUGCUGCAGGUGCAGGAGCCGCCGCCCCGCGCAGGUGGGGAGAAGGUGGAGAGCGUGGAGAGCCUGCUGGGGAAACUGAGGCACGCCGGCCGCAUCUGACCAGUCCAGCCCAGUCCAGCCCAGUUCAGCCCAGUUACCCCCUAGCGCCGUCCCAGUUCAGCCCAGUCCUGUAUUGGGGGGAGAGUGUGGAGAGCCUGCUGGGGAAACUGAGGCACGCCGGCCACUGUGACACCCCGGGGCCUCCCAGUUCAGCCCAGUUCAUCCCAGUGCCAUCCCAGUUCAUCCCAGUUACCCCCUAGCGCCGUCCCAGUUCAGCCCAGUCCUGUAUUGGGGGGAGAGCAUGGAGAGCCUGCUGGGGAAACUGAGGCACGCCGGCCACAUCUGAGACCCCGGGGCCUCCCAGUUCAGCCCAGUUCAUCCCAGUUACCCCCUCAGUGCUCUCCCAGUUCAGCCCAGUUCAUCCCAGUUACCCCCUCAGUGCUCUCCCAGUUCAUCCCAGUUCAUCCCAGUUUGUCCCAGUGCUGUACAGGGGGGAGAGCAUGGAGAGCCUGCUGGGGAAACUGAGGCACGCCGGCCGCAUCUGAGACACCAGUGCCUCCCAGUUAGGCCCAGUGCCAUCCCAGUUUGUCCCAGUUCAUCCCAGUUCCCCUCAGUGCUCUCCCAGUUCAUCCCAGUUCAUCCCAGUGCUGUACAGGGGGCAGAGCAUGGAGAGCCUGCUGGGGAAACUGAGGCACGCCGGCCGCAUCUGAGACCCCAGGGGCCUCCCAGUUCAGCCCAGUUCAUCCCAGUUUGGCCCAGUGAUGUCCUGGUGCCAUCCCAGUAACCCCUCGGUGCUGGAGGAGCUGGCACCAGUAAGAACCAGUUCAUCCCAGUUCAGCCCAGUUCACCUCAGUGCCUUCCCAGUUCAGCCCAGUUCAGCUCAGUGCCUUCCCAGUUCAGCCCAGCUUGUCCCAGUCCCUCCCAGUCUGGCCCAGUUCCCCCCAGUGCCUUUCCCCCCCUCCCCAAUAAAGGCGUGGCCAGUCCA